ACACCAAUCCCAUCUCUGAUUUUUUUUCCCGUCUCUUUGAUACUUCCUCUCUGUCGUUGCCGAUCGCCGAUCGCCGCCUCGCCUCGACUGCACUUUUCUUUCUCUUCUUUAUCUCACUCUCUGCUGCAACCUCACGCCGCCACGCCAACCCCGUGCUCUCUCCCUGUUGCGGCGCCCCUCUUCUCCACCAAUUUUAAUCUAUCCUACUUGCCGUCCGCUCCAUCUCUCAGUUAUCAGUAUCAGCACGCAUGGCUGACGGCGCGGCCUUGUUUUCGCCCAACACUCUUUUUCUCGCGAUUGCAAUCGCAAUCGGCCUAAUUCUGUUAGAUGGAGGGUACCAUUGCUGAAGAACUUUAUUCCGAGAGUUUACAGUCAACAAAAUCAAAAUUGGCUGACAUGUCAUUAUCUGAUUACAGACAAAAUCGGCCAUCAGGUUCUGCUGUGAAUGACUCGUGUGAAGAUGAUGGAUCUUUAUGGGGUGGUUCGGAUGAAGGCUUGGAGGAAACAUCUGAUCUGGAUAGGGAGUGGCAUAGAAGACACGACCAAUUUCAUACGAUUGGAUACCGUGAUGGUUUAAUUGCUGGGAAAGAAGCUGCAUCUCAAGAGGGAUUUAAUGUUGGCUUCAAGCAGUCAGUCUCUAUCGGAUAUAAGUUGGGUCUUGUCAGAGGUGUUAGCAGUGUGCUUGCUUCCCUUCCUGAUGACUUGAAAGAAAAGCUAGUAGGGAUUGAAGAAAACAGAAGUAAAUUCCAAAGCUUGUAUGAAUCUGUGAACUCUCUUUCGACAGCAGAUGCACUUAGGCUAUUCCAUGACGAUAUUAUGGCACAACACACGAAAGAAGAAGGCGUCGAUGCAAAUACGAGUUCGCAAACAAUAGAUUUGUUGAAGCAAAAUUCAGAUUACAGUCGUCUAGGACAGUUCUAUGGAGAGCUUCAAGCACUGUUACCCACAUCACCUGCUCUGAAUCUUCAUUUACAUGAAGAACAGUAGAUUCAAUGCAACAUUUGUAGGUUCAGCAUUUGUUAUGUUGAAAUUUUGGGUAUUGAUCUCUUCUGUCAGUUGUGUAAAAUAUUUACAUUUGGGAAUUUCCAUAUUCUCCUUCAAUCCGGAAUCAACCAACUCAAAGGAAAGUAGUUUUGAAACCGAUUUGCUCUAAAAUUUUCUAUU